UCCCAACAGUCAUCUUCAAAUCACCAGCAGCAACAAGCACCGCCAUCACUUAAUCCGCCUUCACAGAUCGGUCAUCCAGCUCAGCAACCAUCGAUUGUUCAACCUGGCUAUCCACCGCAGCCGAGUACGAUCUAUGUUCAGCACGCGACGUAUCAGCAGGGCUAUGGCCAACAACCGCACGGAUUCCAACAGAGCGGAGGUGUUCGUCAGAUAUAUCCCCAGCAACCCGGAGCAGGAGUAGCUCUUCAGCACUGCUACACCAAUAAUGAUGAGAUAGUUCCGUCGGUCGCCUAUGGCGCUGAAUGGAGAGUUCCCGAUGGCGACGUACAACCGCAGUGGCAGCACACGCAGUCGUACUCUACCAUACCAACAGCGGCCUACCAACAAGGAAGUCUGCACAGUUGGGACUCUCAGGUAGUCUACGCUGCUCAACCAGCACCCUUCAAUAAAGCCCAAAACUCCCAGUCCCAGCAGCAACCCAUGUUCUAUGUGCCGGAAACCUUUGAGAAUUCCCCAUCAACCAAGUCUGUGUCGUAUUUUGGUCAGUCGAUCGAUGGUUAUCAUGUGCCAUUGCAUGCCCAUAGUACGGUACCGGGAGCAGGUACCUCACCAGCGAACUACUCGCAGCCCCCUCCACCGAUUCAACACGGUCCUCCACAUCCGGGCUAUCAGCAGCAAAGCGUUCCCCAGCCGCCUGUGGACACGUACGCUAGCGCUGUUCAACGGUCGGAGAAAGAACUGGAGAUGAUGCGUCAUCAACUAGGUACUGCUCUGCCAGAACGACCGAAAUCCUUCGAUCCUAGCGUGCAGCAGUUGCUCGCGUCAAGACGACUCGAUCAGUCCGCGCUUGUGAAUAUGUACUUGAAAUGUGGUGGACAACAGUGGGCUGAAGCGGUCGAUCUUGAUCUCGCAAUGACUGUUGUGAAAUACUGCAUGGAUAGUCGUAUAGAUGGCGCAAUCCUUGUGUUUCUGCCUGGAUUUGACGAUAUCGUCCAAAUGCGCGAUAAAAUCACGAGUGAAUCAUGGACUGGAAGACGUCCGGUGAUCUUCACACUACAUUCUCAGAUGAACUCUUUCGAUCAGCAAAAAGUGUUUGAUGCAGUUGGACCAAACGAGAGGAAAGUGAUUUUAUCCACAAACAUUGCCGAGGCAUCACUGACAAUCGACGAUGUAGUGUUUGUCAUCGAUUGUGGAAAGGUGAAGGAGAAGACAUACGAUCACACGUCAAGAAUCAGCCAACUGAAAGUAACAUGGAUAGCGAAAAGCAACGCAGAACAGCGAGCUGGUCGUGCUGGACGCUGUCGUGAAGGGUUUUGUUUCCGGCUGUACAGUAUUGAGGAUUACGAAGUGAUGCUUGAAACUCAAAUGGCUGAGAUGCAACGAACUGCAAUCCAUGAAGCAAGAGAUCGAUUGCGACUUCGAAGGCGAUUAAAUGGACCCUAUGAUUUAUAUAUAACGGAUAAUGAGCGAAUUCGCGAUGGCAUGAUGGCUAUUGAAACUGCGGUGAGUUGUAUUUGGAGGCCGCACGUCAGAUGUCGAUGUUCGUGCACACCGAUUACGGGAGCGCUGAAUGACAGAUUUGGGGAGAUGGUGGCCAGCUGCCUUUUGGGAUCACAACUUCGGUAUUGUUUUCAGAUGUGUGUGUUUGAAGGACAUCCUUUUCUGUUAUACUGGCGAUGUCCGAGGAACGAGAGCAAUCGAAUCGUCGAUGCGGUGUUCGGUAAACGAGAUUUCUCCGAUCACAUCACUCUGAUUCAGGAAGCGAUUGCUGUUUGUGUCGGGUUAUUAUUUGUUUUACCAGCAGAUGAGAUGAUCGCAGGAAUUCGCUAUUCUUCAUGCUGGCCUAUGGUGCAAGCAGCAAUCGUUGCUGGUUGUUAUCCCGGCAUAGGUUUCGUUCGAGCUGGAAACAAGUUGAAGAAGAUUAGAACAAGGUUCACGAAUGGCGAAAAUGAUGAAGGAAUUGACGUUAAGCGAUUGGACAUGAAACGACUGAUACAGCUACGAUUCAAAGUUAUGUCUUAUUUCCUUGCUGCAAUUCACAAACCACAGCUCCUGACAAACCCACAAAAGGAAGAUCUAGAUCUACUGGAAACACUGGCGCUUGUUCUUAAGACCGACCACCAACAAAUGAAGUUCAAUACGUGUGUUCUACCAGAACAGCAGUUCAUUUUCCAACAGCAUCAGGUUCCCACGUCAUCGUCCACUUCCAGCUAUAGCUCUCACAAUGGCCAAGCUACUGCGUUGCGUUUCUCCCAUCGAGAGGGCACCUCAUCGCAGCCAAAUAUGAGUGCACUUGCAGAGGUUCCUCCAAAAUCGGUAGGCUCUUGCAAAUGGGCGUUAGGAGCUUCUAAUUCGGAAGCGUUACCCCCGGCACAUUCGGCCGCUAAUUUCCAAGCUGGAGGCUAUGAAGACAAUGAUCCUCCAGAUGGAAAUCGCUCGCCUCCUCCUGUCCAACAAGACAGAGAUCCGCAGGAUCGGUACGUAGGACAGCGACAACAACCUCGGCGACAGUUAAGUGCUCAGGACGACUAUGGUUAUCAAAAGAAUCGUCGGGACAAUUAUGAUCCACGACGUUUUACGCGGAACCGUGACGACUGGCAAAGAAAUCGACCUUAUCAGCCGCGCGAGGGUUUCCGCGACAAGGUGGAGCGGUCCCAAAAUUUCCGCGACCGUGAUAGAGAACGGAACGCGCGUGACGAUACGGGGCCAGGCCCAUCUUCGCAGCAACAACCGUUGCCACGCCAACGAAUUCAAGGGUAUAAUAAUCGCGAUCGUGACUACCGGCAAAAUGACCGCGAAUGGAGUCGAGGCGAACAGAUUUCUGAUUCGAUUCGAUCAGAUUUGGAUCAGUUGACAUGGCAGCAACGAGAAAUGGAGCGCAAUGAUAAUUACCGAGAUCGACAAGGCCGUCGCGACUACAACUAUAGGCAGCGGCAGUAUACCAAAUACGACGACGAUCGCGAAGAGCCGGCGUUAGGAGCUUCUAAUUCGGAAGCGUUACCCCCGGCACAUUCGGCCGCUAAUUUCCAAGCUGGAGGCUAUGAAGACAAUGAUCCUCCAGAUGGAAAUCGCUCGCCUCCUCCUGUCCAACAAGACAGAGAUCCGCAGGAUCGGUACGUAGGACAGCGACAACAACCUCGGCGACAGUUAAGUGCUCAGGACGACUAUGGUUAUCAAAAGAAUCGUCGGGACAAUUAUGAUCCACGACGUUUUACGCGGAACCGUGACGACUGGCAAAGAAAUCGACCUUAUCAGCCGCGCGAGGGUUUCCGCGACAAGGUGGAGCGGUCCCAAAAUUUCCGCGACCGUGAUAGAGAACGGAACGCGCGUGACGAUACGGGGCCAGGCCCAUCUUCGCAGCAACAACCGUUGCCACGCCAACGAAUUCAAGGGUAUAAUAAUCGCGAUCGUGACUACCGGCAAAAUGACCGCGAAUGGAGUCGAGGCGAACAGAUUUCUGAUUCGAUUCGAUCAGAUUUGGAUCAGUUGACAUGGCAGCAACGAGAAAUGGAGCGCAAUGAUAAUUACCGAGAUCGACAAGGCCGUCGCGACUACAACUAUAGGCAGCGGCAGUAUACCAAAUACGACGACGAUCGCGAAGAGCCGGUACCUGAAGAUCCUCGUGUGGACAGGAACGAUGAUGACGGUUGGGGCGAGGCUGAGUACCAAGCAGCUGGCUAUCAUCACGACCAACAGGAUCACCAACACAAGCACAAUCGUCAAUACCAUCGACCAUACAAUCGUGGUGGCUAUCGUGGGCGAAGUCGUGGUUACUUCAACAAUCGUCAGAGUCAUUACAAUCGCGAUGAUGGUCGCCGAGAAAUGCAAGAUGAUGAAAGAGGUGAUCGCGAUAGUGGUGACAAUAAAGACCACGAAUUGAACAGGUAG